AUGUCUGUCGAUAUCCAAGAACAGGAUCAGUGGAUCAGCUACCUCAGCGAGUGCAAGCAACUGAACGAGAGCGAUAUCAAGCGACUGUGCGAAAAGGCUCGUGAUGUGUUGUUGGAAGAAUCCAAUGUACAGCCUGUGCAUUGCCCUGUGACGGUCUGUGGCGAUAUCCACGGACAGUUCCACGACCUUGCGGAGCUUUUCCGCAUCGGUGGUAACUCGCCAGAUACAAAUUACCUGUUUAUGGGCGACUAUGUCGACCGCGGGUACUAUUCCGUCGAGACAGUCACGUUGCUAGUCGCGCUCAAAGUGCGCCACCCCGACCGUGUGACUAUUUUGCGUGGGAACCACGAGUCGCGCCAGAUUACGCAGGUGUAUGGCUUUUACGACGAGUGCCUGCGCAAGUACGGGAAUGCGAACGUGUGGAAGUACUUUACCGACUUGUUCGACUACUUGCCGCUGACCGCGCUGAUUGACGACCAAAUCUUUUGUCUGCAUGGCGGUCUUUCCCCUUCGAUCGAUACCCUCGAUCAGAUCCGCUCGAUCGACCGUGUCCAAGAAGUCCCCCACGAAGGGCCCAUGUGCGACCUGCUCUGGUCCGACCCUGACGACCGCUGCGGCUGGGGCAUAUCCCCGCGCGGCGCUGGCUACACGUUUGGCCAGGAUAUUAGCGAGGCGUUCAACCACAACAAUGGCCUCACGCUUGUGGCUAGGGCCCAUCAGCUUGUUAUGGACGGGUUCAACUGGUCGCAGGAGAGGAACGUGGUCACCAUCUUCUCUGCACCGAACUACUGCUACCGGUGUGGUAACCAAGCUGCGAUUAUGGAGAUUGACGAAAACCUCAAGUAUACAUUCCUCCAGUUUGACCCUGCUCCGCGCACGGGCGAGCCCCUUGUUUCCCGCCGUGUCCCCGACUACUUUUUGUAA